UUCAAACGGUCUCGGAGCGGGCGGUGUAUUUGUGUUUGGGUUCAACAGCUCUGCAUCGCAUUUUGGCAAGAUUCCCUCGGGUGCGCGCAUUACAUAAAAUGAACGUCGCGUUUCGUGCCACACAAAAAGGAUAAAAAUAGAUUUUCAGAAUAAACGCGUGGAAGAGAGAAUAUCAAGUGCGGGUCGUCCGUAGUGCCUGGGAGUUCGUGUGGUGUAGACGAGUGACAUUCCGAGUGUUUGGCUAGUGGACUUGCGAGAUGGCUCACCACGCUGAGCCGAUGGACAUUGACAGUGAUUUCGACAACAAAGAGAACAGUUUACAUCACAACAAUGUGUUGCCGUUCACGGAGAAAGGCUACGAAGAGCUGGACGUCUCCGAACUUAACAUGAAACUCAGGUAUUCCAUUACUCCGGCUUCCUCGCCUAUGUCUAAAAGCUACACAGCUAAUUGUCUUGACAAUAGGAACCUAGACGCGGGUGAUGACACUUUAAAUGGCACUGUUAAUGAGAAUAAUCUAACCCGCUCACUAAAUUCAACAAUGACAAAAUGUGACAAUUCAGUAAAAUCUCACAAAGCCUUGCCACUGCAAGCCAUCUCCACAGAACAAUUUGCUGAUAGUAAUAGGAACACAUCGGUACUAAGGCCAUUUGAUUCUACAAUAACUCAAGAUAAUGCGAAUAUAACUGUCACUGUUUGUGGUCCACCUGACAAUGAUGAGAGCUUGUCUAUGCUAAGUGUGUCAUCAUCUGCAGCUCAGACCCCUGAAGCAACAACACCAACCAAAGAACACAAGAAUGAGAGUGCUUCACCGAUCAUGCGAGGACUCAAAAGUGUUCUCAACAUGUUCAGAUCAUCACAGAGUCCUAUUCCUCCUGAGAGUGAAGAUACAGUGAAACCUGAUAUACUCAGCCCGGCUGAGCCACCAACAUCAGUAGAUCAGUCCAUGUUGGCUUCCACACCAAUUGCCGCUCAUCGGAAAAAAGAAGCAAGUCCAACAAAAAGAAACAGCCCUACCAAGGAAGCUAUAGUUUUUAAUGAUGAUCUGGAAAAGGAACUACAGUGGAAGGAUGAGACCACUAUCAUAUUCAGUCAGGAGCGGAUCCCAAUCCAUAAGCUAUUCUUUCAACCACCAACUGAAACCAAAGCUACCACCGGUCACAAUGUAGAAUUACCUUCCGAAGUGCAAGAUGAUAUGAACUCAACUGUGGAGUAUAUGGAUAUUUCCUACAAUGACUCAAUAAGGGACAGAACUAUGACUGAUACACAAGUUCUUGGUAACAAGACAGAUGGCACUAUCGCUGGUGAAUCUGACAGUGAGUUUGUUGACUGUGAAACUACAUUCACUAAGAGUGAAUCUUUACUAGAAGCUGAGGACAAAACUCCAGUAGUUAACCAAACUAAGGACCUGGAUUUGACGAAAGAAACAGAAAGUGCUAAAGAGAAUACUAGUGCUUCUAGAUUGAAACAAAUAAUUUUGAAUACUACACAAGAUAUACUAGAUGCUACUUUGUCAAUAACUCCUGACGAUUUGAUUUCUGAAGCUUUGGUGAAAUCUGUACCAGACCAAGCAGCUCAACCUGAAAUUAUGAAGGAAGUUACACCGAGUGAGAUUAAACUAGAAUCCCAAGAACCAAAUGAAACCACAAUACUUGGUGAAUCUCAAGAAACAUCAUUGUCAACACAAGAAAAUGUUCCUGCCCUAAAUCAAACUACAGAUGUUUCUAAUAUUACAACAGAUGUUCAGCUGGAAGAUGCAAAUGUAUCAAAGACUUUAGAAAAUAACAUUCAGUCAUUUUCAGAACCGGCUGUAGAAAUAACAACAAGUGAAGAAUUAAAAGAUUCCAAUGUAAACACUACAGUUGAAAAUAUACCCAUUGAGGUAUCAGAAAAAUCCAUUGCUGAGACAAGUUUGACGCGUGGUAACGAAACUAUUGUAAUGGAAGAUAAAGUCAUUGAAACUCAAUUGGAGAUAGAAUCUGCAAAUAUCAAGAACAAUACUUUAACUCUUGACACUACAAAGGGUAUUGAUUCGGACAAAACUGUUGGCAAUACUACACAUAUUAUUGAAAAAGACCAAUCAAUCACAAUAGACACUAAAGUAACAACCCUAUCUAGUCCUGUAACACAAGAAGAAAGAAUAGAUAAGCCAACGGCUAUUCUAAAUGAUGAAAUCAUAUCUAGUCCUGUUAAAGAAUCAUCAAUGACUGAGCUCGCUGCUGAAAUACCUUUACCUGAUGAAGAUGACACUGAGAAAGAAUUGAAUGUACCUAUUGAGGUAACAACUGAGACUUCUACCACACCUAACAAUCUACAUCUGGAACCAGGAACUGAAACAAUACCCAAUGUAUUACAGGAAGAACCAAUAUUGAAAGAAAGCAUUGAUGAUAAAGCUAUAUUGCUACAAGAACCUACAAAUGUUGAUGAAGAUAAUACAAAUCAAAAUGAAGCGCCGUUGUUAGAUACUGAUGUAUUAAAACCAGUACCAGACAUUGCAGAUGUAGAUAUUAAGAAUAAAACUCUAUCAGUAGCUGAGCAGUUACAAGUAUCACUGAACAAGUUAGAUGUUCAAAUUGAUGAAGUGGAUCGUGUUGAAGAAAUUGUUAAUGUGAUGAACAAGACUGAAACUGUAACUGAGUGCCUUAAUCAAACAGUGACUUGCAGCACUGAAGAUAAUAAAAGUGAAGGAAAUAUGUCAAUGGAUAUCAAUGAAAGUGUAAUAGGUAUAAAACCCUUGCCUGAUAUUAUUAACCAGACUAAUAUUUUACCUAAUAUAGAAAAUAUUGAAUCUGUUGCCAACACUUCCGAGAUUGUAGCUGACCAACCUAUGGUUUUGACAGAGAGUUCUGGAAACGUGACAAAUGAUGUUGCUCCUGAUAUGAUGGUCAAAUCUAUUAGCAAAGAUAUGCCUGAACUUUUAUCAAAUGCACACAUUUCCGAGGAAGAUAAACCUAUCAAUGAAAUAAUGAAUGUUGUUGGUGAAGAACCACUUGCGCCACCUGCUAAUGAACAAAUAAAUGCGAUUCAAGUAACUGAUAUUGUUGAAACAUGUGAAAAUACCCCCGUUGUUCCAGAACUAACUAACGUUGAUGUUAUUCCUACAGAGCCUCUAAAACAAGAAAACGAAGUACAACCUCUUAAACCAGAUGAUAUCCCAGUUAAUGAAACUACUGAAUUUAAAACUGUAGAUGAUGAGAUCGUAGUUUCUGAGAACAACAGUCCAUUCGUAUCGGUAAUUGCCGAAAAUAUCUCAUAUAUGAAAACAGAUUCAAAUUCCGAAAUCGAGUUAACGAAUCGUGGCAGAGUAGUGUGUACCCCACCGGCUUCUCCCCCUAUUGCUUCUAAAGGAUACAACUUUAACUUUGAUGAGAUAGAUGAUCCAUUCGCCACGAAAACUAAAAUUAGGAUGUCGCCUUCACUAGAGUCUCCUAAUAAAGCUGUUGAGCCAAAAGCAAGCUCUAGAAGCAUCGAAAAGCCUAUGCCUAAGAAGGAUAAUAAUAGGCGAAAAUCACAGCCCGAAAGGAAGAAGCCUGUUGCUCCUAAGAGAAAAUUCAACUCGACGUUCAGCGGAGCAGUUGAGGACAAACCAGCUGAAAAAGCUAUCGAGACUUUUGCUGGUGGUGACAUAAACUUACCAUCUGAAGUGGCUUUGGGUCCCAGCAAUGUAUCUAUAGAAGAAGACAAAUUAAUCCAAGAAGUGAAAAUUGAACAUGACGAAACAGCAAAAGCAACGAACGAAGUACAGCAAUUAGAACAAAUCAAAUCAGAAGAUAAAAUCGAACAACCUGUUACUCUAUCCUCUGAAUUACUUGAAUCUGAUGAAUCUACUACAGCUCUGACGAAGGAAUUGAAAACCAAUUCGUCAUCAGAACAAUCUGCAUACUUUUCUGCAGGAACAUCAUCAAGUGAAAGUUUCCAAUCAAGAAAUGUCUUCAACUUACCUGAAAUUGAUGACAUGAAUUUUAAUCCAUUUGCAACUAAAUCUAAAAUGCGACAAUCUCCACCCCCGAGCGUCAACAUGGAAGAUCCUUUUGCUACCAAAAGUAAGAUAAGAAAUUCUCCUGAUAGCUCCAUGUUUACUUCAAAGUUAGAACAUGUUGAAUCACAAGUUGCACCAAAAACAACUGAUGACAAAAUAGAGACUGAAUUAAUGGAAAAAGAUACUUCAGGAAAUCUAAGUAACAAUACUACAACUUCAUUUAAAGCUACUGAUGACAAAAAUGCUACAAUUAAAGAAGUCAAUACUGAAGAUGAGGACACCGUUGAGGGACCGUUCUUGGAAGCCGAAGAUUUGAAUACAGACGAUAAAAUGUCUGAUUUCGAUGGAGAAAAUGUUGACAUGAUGCAAUUCAAUGAAUUGCCACCACAAGGAAAUGAAGAAAACCUAGACAACGGCGAAUUGUUCAUAGAUGCAGAAGCUUUUGAGUUCCUUUUGAAUCAGAAUAAGAGUAACACAGUGGUCGACAGUGGUAAAGAGAGUUUGUUCCUUAAAUUUGAUCCCCUUUUCGCAAAGAGGAUGUCGUCUAUUUCGUCUGAUAGCUUGGUUGCAUCUUUGAACAAGGUUCAGAAAAGGCAGAGUACUCCUACAAAAGCGGCGAUGUCACAGCCGGAAAUUAAAUCUCCCAUUGCAGGCCCUUCUAACUUGAACGUUACCCAAGACAUGGAUGUGAGCGAGGAAUUCAACGAUGACCUUAACAUUACAGUAUCAAAGCCUAUGAUGGCCGUGCCGCCUGCUGUUAACACUGUCACGCCUAGAAAUAAGUCAUUGACACCAAACAGAUCAAACAGGCGUUCUUUUACAUUCACGUCUCCUGCCAUGGCCGUUAUUGACAGGCUACUGUCUCUGAGCGGCAAUACUUCUCUCCCGCAUGACACUACUGUGACACAAGUCACGAGAGAACAGAACGAAGCCGACUCAGCUCUUUCACAACUUCGAGAGCUAUUAGCCGAGAAAGAAGUUCACGUAUACAGUCUUAGAUCUGAAAGUCAAGAAUUAAAGGAUAGAUUAUUUAGUUUAGAAUCUCACCUCAAAGGCUUAGAAGAAGAAAGUCGGGAUCGAUUAAAGAAGAUCAACGAAUUGAACGACCGGCUAGCAGAGAAGACUAAGAUCAAUAGGAGCAUGGCGGCUGUAGUCGAGGAAUAUGAGAGGACGAUAGCUAGUUUGAUCUCAGAAACAGCUCAAGAUAAGAAGAGGCACGCGGAGGAGAGAAUAAAGCUAAUUAAUGAAAGAGACGAACAGACCGCCCACCUGGCUAGCAUGGAGGUGUCCUUCAGCGACCUCCACAGCAAGUACGAGAAGAGUAAACAAGUGAUACUCAACUGCAAGGCAAAUGAAGACAAAUAUAAGAAAUCCAUUAAAGAUUUCGAAGAAAACUUAGCGAAGAUGCAAAAUAAUUACGAACUACUGAAGCAGCACGCGACGUCCAAACUCAACCACGCCAACCAGGAGUUGGAGAAGAUGAACAAGACGCACGAGGCGGAGGUGUUGAAGCUUAAUGCCAUGAUUAAGAGGAAAGAGCUCCACAUCACGUCGCUUGAGGAGUCCCUUGCGCAGAAGACCAAGGCAAACGAGGAGCUGACGGCCAUAUGCGAUGAACUCAUCAAUAAGGUUGGCUGAACUAAUUUUAGGCUUUCUACAUUUGUUGUGUCUGUGAUCUAGGCGGAUACUCCGAGACUCACUUUUGUGCUUAUCUUAAGAUAAGUAGCAUUAAGUUGUAACCUAGUCUCUACGAUAUUGUGCCAAAUCAUUUUAGUGUAACGACGUUUUAUUCCUGUUGUUUAUUAUGUACUCAAAGACUGCAAAUUGUGAUAAAAUUCGAGGUCUAUAAUCAUGUUACAGUGUAUACAUAUAUGUAAUUCAAUUGUGAUCACUUAAUAUUUCAAUGAGCACAUCACAUGCACUAUUACAUUAUGCCGGCCAUAAUCUAAAUGUGCGCAAGGACAGACACAGAUCUUGUAAUACUUCAUAGAAUUGUAUAUUUUUUGCAUGUAUAACUGUUGUAUUUAAAUUGCCCAGAUAUUUAUUUUGUAUGUUAAAAAAAUCGUAAAUAUUUUUGGGAAAAUAUUGAAGUACACCUAAUGAUAUUUUUGUAGAUAUGUAUUCGUGGGAAACUACGAUCGAUUUGGUAUUUAGAUGUAAUAAUGUUUAACCAUGUCCUGUUUUAUAAAAUUACUUGACUGUUUUAAGAUUGGCGUUAUAAAAGAAAGUUCCCUUGUUACUUUUAACCCGCCUUCGCGUGAUUUAAUUAGGCUAAUGCAGUCUUAUAUCUGACCAGCUUUUAUUCCAAAUCAUUAUGACAUUGCAUCUCACUUUGUUCCGUUAAAUUAACCGAUCUCUGACAUUCUUAUAUUCAGUUAGUUUGUAAUUCCAGUCAUGGUAAUAAAUUGUUAACAUUGAAAUUAUAAUAGCUCGACUUUCCAUUCACGGGUUGUUUUGUCAGUUAUUUUUGUAUGAUAUAUGUAGAAUUUAGUAAUUAUUUUAGUUAAUAAAGUUGACAUUUUUCUUAA